UGCUCAGCAUCCGAGGUGUACAAGAAGAAGAGCCUCCAGACCCACAAUUGAUGAGACUAGAUAACAUGCUGUUGGCUGAAGGUGUGUCCGGGCCUGAGAAAGGUGGAGGAUCAGCAGCAGCUGCAGCAGCAGCAGCAGCAUCGGGUGGAUCGCCAAAUGAUAAUUCCAUUGAGCACUCUGACUACAGAGCCAAACUGACACAAAUUCGGCAGAUUUACCACUCAGAGCUGGAGAAAUAUGAGCAGGCAUGUAGUGAAUUUACCACACAUGUUAUGAACUUACUUCGCGAACAGAGUCGGACCAGACCUAUUUCACCAAAGGAGAUUGAGCGUAUGGUUUCUAUUAUCCACCGAAAAUUCAGCAGCAUCCAAAUGCAGCUAAAACAGAGCACAUGUGAAGCGGUCAUGAUCCUACGCUCUCGUUUCCUUGAUGCAAG